CAGACUAAGGGAAAAGAUGAAUAAAGCGUUGGUUUGGUUAAUUACUUUGUUAUGUCUAAUGUUCUCUGCAACACCAAACAUAGUUUUGGCCCAUCCACCAUACAUAUCUCCAAAAACAAGAACAAGAGAAGGGGUUUGGGAUCAUAAGAUAAUGAAUGUGAGAAAGAUUCGAGUAGGAGGCAGUAUUUCAAGGCGUGCACCUGGCAACAACCCCUAGCCACAAUCUCAUGGAUUGUUAGUGUUG